AAAGUGUUAAAAAUGCCAAAAAAUUUAUUAUUGAAGAAACAGGUGAUAAAUAUUUAGAUAUUCUUUUUAAUAAUGCAGGACAAUCUUGUACAUUUGCUGCAUUAGAUGUUAGUGAUGAAUAUAUUAAACAAUGUUUUGAAGUCAAUGUUUAUGGACCAAUGAGAAUAGUUAGAGAAUUGGGUUCAUUAGUUAUUAAUGCCAAAGGAGCUAUUGGAUUUACUGGUUCUGUAAGUGGAGUUGUUCCAUUCCCAUUUAGUUGUACUUAUUCAGCAACUAAAGCUGCUAUUCAUCAAUAUGCUGCAACUUUAAGAAUUGAAAUGUUAGGAUUCGAUGUUAGAGUACUUAAUUUUAUUACUGGAGGUGUUAAAACUGAUAUUGCAGAUAAAAGAUCUUUACCACCAAAUUCAAUUUAUAAUAUUCCUGAAAUGGUUGGAGCUCUUAAGGAAAGACAAGAAAUGGCUGCUAGAAAUAAUCCAAUGUCAGCAGAAGAAUAUGCUAGAAGAGUUGCUAAUGAUUUUGAAAGAUCUAAAGUACAAGGUACUUUAAACUAUUAUCGUGGAACAAUGGCAAGUUUAUUAGGUUAUAUUUUAUAUUGGUGUCCAAGAUUUAUUCUUGAAAAUAUUUUACUUAAGAAAUUUAAGAUGACUGCUGUAUACAAAGUUUUAAGGGCCAAAUAUUCAAAGGAAAAGAUUGAUUAAUUAAAUAAAUGUACAUUUAACUAACUAACUAAAUAAACUAAUUAUAAUUUCUUUUAUAGUGUUCAAUAACAAUGGAUUUCAUUAAUGCUCGAGG